AUGUGGUUCUUUUCCUAUUUCCUUCCAAAAGUGAAGAGCAUUUUGCUCUUGCAAUUCCAUAUAACACUUCCCUUAAACUAUUUGGUGAUUCUUCUGAUCGGUACAGUAGUAUUUACGUAUUUGGGGCUUCGAAGUAGGAUACUCUCGAACUAUUCGAAUCUGAAGAACGACGUUUCCGAUGAGAAUAACAUUAAUCGAACGGAGUAUAUUGAUGCGUCUUCUGCGCCAUUCCUUUUGAAUCACGAGAAGCAUAAGGGGUUCACAUCUUAUUUAGACGAGUUUUUAUCAGCCAUUAAGAUCUUUGGUUACUUGGAAAAGCCUGUGUUUCACGAAUUGACCAAGUCCAUGAAGACCGAGAAGCUACAAGAGGGGGAGAUUAUCUUGUUGGAUGAUUCAAUUGGGUUCACAAUAGUUGUAGAAGGAACAUUACAGAUUUUGCAUAAAGUAGAAAAUCGCCGGAUGGGCGCAUUUUCAUCAUCACAGGACUUUGAUUCGCCGUUUGUCUCACCAAUGGAUGAUGAUGGGUAUCUCAUCAAUGGGGAAAGGUUCCAACUAUUGAACAUUGUGAAGUCUGGGAACCCUUUAUCCUCUUUGGUCAGUAUUUUGAAACUAUUUUCCAAUAGUCCAGUGCAACCACCAUCAUCAAUGCAAGAUGAGGAACGUGCACAGCGGCUCUCGACAUCUGGUGACUCCUCAGAUGCCCAAUCUCCUCGCAUUAAUAUUACAGGACACAUUAAUAGCUUCUUGGAUUCAACUGUGCAUCAUAGAUUCAAUACCACCGAUGGUAGCUGCAAUACUAUCAAUACUAACAACAGCAAUAAUAGUAACAGUACCAAUAACAUUAACAACAGUAAUACGAGCAGCAAUGAUAACCGUGCUAGUACCCCCAUAUCUCCAAUAGAAUUUGAUUCAAAUUUCGAUAAUAUGUCCGAAUCUUCUUCUAACACAACAUCUCCAAAAUUACCUGAACUUAUUGCACGUGCAUCAAGCGAUUGCACAAUAGCUAUUAUCCCAUCUUCAUCUUUUCAGCGCUUGUUGGCAAAAUAUCCACGCUCCGCAUCGCAUAUCAUUCAAAUGAUAUUAACAAAAUUAUACAGAGUUACUUUUCAAACAGCUCAUACGUACUUGGGUCUCACCAAUGAAAUCAUAUUCACGGAAUUCCAAUCAAUGAAUAAAGACUCUGUGAAGCUACCAGAAGUUUUCCGUAGAUCAAUUAUCGGCUAUUUCACUGACCAACAAGAUAAUUCUGCAAGUACCGCCAAAUCUAAAAAACAAAAACGGCCACAGAUGCAUCGUCUAGAUUCCAACAGCUCAGUAAGUUAUGGUUCAAGACAUGUGGUAUUGAAUUCAAGGGACCAGUAUAAUCCGGGUGAUCUUCUUUCUAAUGUCCCUUUACCAAGAUUGAGCACCCCUCAAAGAAAUAAUUUAUCUGCCUCUACCUCUUCCUCAACCUUGAGCACCGGAGACAAUAAACCCAAAUUAUUGAACAACUUCUCUACAUCCCAUUUUGAGGAAACAGAGACUUCUUCCUGGAGGUUAGCAUUGAUUGAUAUAAUCUUUCAACAAUUAGACAUUACUAAGGAUACGAUCCAACGUCCGGUUUCUGAUAAUAUUUCACUCUCAGAACAAUUUCCUGAUGAUCAGUCUCUGAGAAGAAGAUCUUCAUAUUCUUCUUUUGCUUCAUUGUCAUCGUCGGUGGCUACGCAAUCGAGUAAUCGUUUGGUGACAUUCUUACCAAAAGAAGCACAUCAAUUCUCGAGAUUGGAAAAGAAGGGCAACAAACUUCCCAAACUAAGGAAAAAUUUACAAGAGCCUAAUGUAUCGAGAUCCAGAGAAGAAAAAACACAUCCAUUGGAUGAACAUCGUAAUGAAAAAAAUAACAAUGAUGGCCAGUUCUCCGAUUUUGAAACUGUUAAAGAAGACUUUUCUAAAUGUAUUAAGAUUUUGAGAUUUGAAGGCAAUGAAACAAUCCUUUAUCAGAACUCUAAUCCUCAGGGUAUAUUCUACGUUGUCAGUGGUGAGGUUGAUGUUAUUUCUGAGACUACUAAUCCUGAUACGAAUGAAAGCCAUGAAAGAAUCUUGUAUACUGUUUCGGAAGGGUUUGUACUGGGCUGCUUAUCUUCAAUUCUUGGUUGCAAAUCGCUCGUAUCUCUUAAAGUUAGUAAAGGUCCUGCUUACCUUGCAUUAAUUCCUUAUGAUGAUCUUGAAAGGUUGUGUGAUAAAUACUUUAUGAUUUAUCUAAGGCUAUCUGAGAUGUUAACGAAUUCUUUGAGUCCAAAUUUGUUAAGAUUAGAUUACUUCUUAGAAUGGAUUCACUUAGACUCUUCAGAGACAUUGUUCAAUCAGGGUGACCCUGCAAAUGGUGUGUACUUAGUCUUAAAUGGUAGACUAAGACAAUUGUUUUAUGAGGAUGAAGAAUCAGAUGUGGUAACGCAAAUGGCAGAACUAUCUAAGGGUGAAAGUUUCGGAGAAGUAGAGGUACUAACUGCUAUCAAUAGACUGAACACAGUCGUUGCCAUAAGAGAAAGUGAACUAGCCAGAAUUCCAAGAACUCUCUUUGAGUUUUUAGCUAUCGAACAUCCUUCAAUUAUGAUUCAUGUUAGCAGAAUGGUUGCCAAGAAGGCCAUGUUAAUGAAUUUCAAAUCAGGAAUAGGAUUUACAGGGACCGAAAAGAAAUCAAAAGCAGUGAAGAGAAACACAGAUGACCAAAAAAGGUUUGAUUUUAACCUAAAUAUUAAAUCAAAUCAAUCAUCAAAGAAAAAUAACUCUUGGAGCAACACCGUAAAUUAUAAGACCAUCACCAUUCUUCCAAUAACUGAGGGGUUGCCAGUGGAAGAAUUUGCUUACAAGUUAAUUAAUGCAUUAAGAAGUUGCGGGAAGUCAACAAUUGGAUUGAACCAACGCACAACUCUAUCACACCUUGGCCGUCAUGCAUUUGAUAAACUCUCUACUUUGAAGCAAAGUGGAUACUUUUCUGAACUUGAAGAACUUUACGAAAUAGUUGUCUACAUCGCCGACACACCUGUGAGCUCUUCAUGGACCCAAACAUGCAUAUCGCAAGGUGACUGUAUCUUACUCUUAGCAGAUGCCAUGCGCGAACCAAAAGUUGGUGAAUUUGAACGUUUGUUAUUAAAAAGUAAAACAACUGCCAGAACCGAUUUGGUUUUGAUUUAUCCUGAACGAUUCGUAGUUCCUGGCUCUACCUCAAAAUGGUUAAAAAAUAGAAUAUGGAUUCAAUCGCACCACCAUGUUCAAUUCACACCAAGUGAUAAGAUUCACGAACCUGAGCCUAUCUUAAACAAUAAACCGCUUUCACAAUUAGUGGAGAAGUUUAAGGAAAAUACGAAAAGAACACAGGAAAGUUUUGUAAAAUAUUUGCCUGACUCGAUUAAGACUACUGUUGAAACACUAUCAGGUAAAUACAUUAAUCCAAAAGCUAAUUCCAAGUUUUAUACAUCUGUUAACCCUGUGAAAAAUGACUUUUUACGACUAGCUAGAAUCUUAUCUGGCCAAGCGGUUGGUCUUGUAUUAGGCGGAGGUGGUGCUCGUGGGUUAAGCCAUUUAGGGAUCAUAAAGGCUUUGGAAGAGAGAGGUAUUCCGGUUGACAUUAUUGGAGGAACUUCUAUAGGAUCUUUUGUUGGCGGAUUGUACGCGAUGGAUUAUGAUCUAGUCCCUAUGUAUGGCCGAGUGAAAAAGUUUGCUGGCCGAGUGGGAUCUGUUUGGAGAACCCUAACUGACUUAACUUGGCCAGUUACAUCGUACACAACAGGUCAUGAGUUCAAUCGUGGUAUAUGGAAAACAUUUAGAGAUUACAGAAUCGAAGAUUUCUGGUUGCCUUAUUACUGCAAUUCCACGAAUAUCACAGAAUCUGUCCAAGAGAUUCAUACGUCAGGUGUUGCUUGGCGUUAUAUUAGGGCAUCCAUGUCCCUUGCCGGUCUGUUGCCACCUAUUGUAGACAAUGGAAAUAUGUUACUCGACGGAGGUUAUGUUGAUAAUUUGCCAGUCACUGAGAUGAAACAAAGGGGGUGCAGAAUUAUAUUCGCAGUUGAUGUAGGGUCUGUUGACGACAGAACACCUGUAUCAUACGGUGAUUCUUUGAAUGGUUUUUGGAUUAUCCUAAACAGAUGGAAUCCAUUCUCAAAGCAUCCGAACAUUCCCAAUAUGGCAGAAAUUCAAAUGAGAUUAGGGUAUGUCGCCUCAGUCAAUGCCUUGGAAAGGGCUAAAAAUACUCCUGGAGUAGUAUAUAUGAGACCUCCAAUUGAGAAUUACGCAACUUUAGAUUUCGGAAAGUUUGAAGAGAUCUACCAAGUUGGUGUUGCUUACGGACAUGACUUUUUACAACACCUCCAGGACACCAAUCAAUUGCCGCAAAUUGCAGGAACAACUGGUCUUGUCCUAUCAGAUAAACAAAAUAUGUUACAAAGACGUAACAGUAUAUGA